CGACCAACAAUAAGCGUCUCGACAGCCCCCUCCCCGGCCCGCGCCCGCCGUCCCCGCGGGCUUCGGGGAAAGUGAAAGGAGGAGGCGAAGGAAGGAAGGAAGGAAGGGAGGAGGAGGAGGAGGAGGAGCAGAAUCGGAGCCGAGAGGUUCGGGGCCAAGACCCCAGCCCCGAGCUCCGGCCCGGGCGGGUGUGCUAGGUGUCCCUCCCGGCAUCUACGACCAUGCUCCGCGGUGGGGAGGCAGGAACCCAGGCACCCGAGGAUUCCCGGAUACCUGCUCCCUGGCCGGGCUGGUGUUGAGAUCUAAGGCACCUAGGAUCAAAAGAGCACCCGCCUGCCCGCCCUCUCCGCACCUCCACUGUCCAGCCGGAGGAUCCCAAUCCACCCACCGAACCUGACCUGGUCAUGGCGUCCAUCUCCGGCCUGGCGUGAGGACCCCCGACCCGCGCAAGGGAGCCCCCAUCCCAGAUCACAUCCCUGAGCCUGAGCCGGGCACACGUUGCUGCGGAGUCCGUGCUCCAGUACCGAGUACCUGGCUGGGCCCUGGGCACGCACAGGGGCCGUAGCCCCACUGUGUGUGGGAGCCAUGAGGAUCCUGGCUAACAAGACAAGGUUACCCCACCCCAGGAGGAGAGAAGCUCCAGGGAGCCCGCCGCUGUCCCCCCGCGGCCACUGCCCCCCUGUCCCAGCCAAGCCAAUGCACCCAGAAAAUAAAUUGACCAAUCAUGGCAAGACAGGGAAUGGCGGGGCCCAAUCCCAGCAUCAGAAUGUGAACCAAGGACCUACCUGCAACCUGGGCUCAAAGGGCGUGGGGGCGGGGAACCAUGGGGCCAAGGCCAACCAGAUUUCACCUAGCAACUCAAGUCUGAAGAACCCCCAGGCAGGAGUGCCCCCUUUCAGCUCUCUCAAGGGCAAGGUGAAGCGGGAACGAAGUGUGUCAGUGGACUCUGGAGAGCAGCGGGAGGCUGGGACUCCAUCCCUGGAUUCAGAGGCCAAAGAGGUGGCACCCCGGAGUAAGCGGCGGUGUGUGCUGGAGAGGAAGCAGCCCUACAGUGGGGACGAAUGGUGCUCGGGACCUGACAGUGAAGAGGAUGACAAGCCCAUCGGGGCCACCCACAACUGUAAUGUAGCAGACCCAGCCAUGGCGGCCCCACAGCUGGGUCCUGGCCAAACUGCCCAACUGCCCCUCAGUGAGAGCAGUGCACCAGGACCCCCACAUGGCCCCCCACAAGGCCUUCGUCCAGAUGUCCCCGGAGCUGGGGGUGGGGGUAUCUCCGGAAAGCCUCCCUCCCAGUUCGUGUACGUCUUCACUACUCACCUGGCCAACACGGCUGCAGAGGCAGUGCUGCAGGGCCGCGCAGACUCCAUCCUUGCCUACCACCAGCAGAAUGUGCCCCGAGCUAAGCUAGACCAGGCUCCUAAAGUGCCACCCACUCCGGAACCACUACCCCUGAGCACACCGUCGGCAAGCACCCCACAGUCUCAGCCACCUCCACUGCCACCACCGCCCCCAGCCCCUGGCAGUGCCCCUCCUGCUCUGCCUCCCGAGGGGCCUCCUGAAGAUACAAACCAAGACCUGGCUCCCAACUCGGUGGGAGCUGCCAGCACUGGUGGUGGGACUGGGGGCACCCACCCUAACACCCCAACAGCUGCCACCACUAACAACCCUCUGCCUUCUGGAGGAGACCCUGGCAGUGCCCCUGGCCCAGCUCUGCUGGGGGAGACCACUCCUACAGGAAAUGGGCAGCGUAGCCUGGUGGGCUCUGAGGGCCUCUCUAAGGAGCAGCUGGAGCACCGGGAGCGCUCCCUCCAGACGCUGAGAGACAUUGAGAGGCUACUGCUCCGCAGUGGGGAGACCGAGCCCUUCCUCAAGGGGCCUUCUGGAGGAGCCGGAGAGGGGGGCCCACCAGCACAAGCCCCUCCUGCUCCGCAGCAGCCGCCCUCAGCCCCCAGCGGGUUGAAGAAGUAUGAGGAGCCCUUACAGUCCAUGAUUUCACAGACACAGAGCCUAGGGGGCCCCCCUCUGGAGCAUGAAAUACCUGGGAACCCCCAGGGUGGGGACAUGGGACAGCAGAUGAACAUGAUGAUGCAGAGGCUAGGCCAGGACAGCCUGACUCCUGAGCAGGUGGCCUGGAGGAAGUUGCAGGAAGAGUACUAUGAGGAGAAACGGCGGAAGGAGGAACAGAUUGGACUACACGGAGGCCGCCCUCUGCAAGACAUGGUGGGCAUAGGGGCCAUGAUGGGGAGAGGGCCCCCACCACCCUACCACAGCAAGCCUGGGGAUCAGUGGCCACCUGGAAUGGGUGCACAGCUGCGGGGACCUAUGGAUGUCCAAGAUCCCAUGCAGCUCCGAGGUGGACCUCCCUUCCCUGGCCCCCGUUUCCCAGGCAACCAGAUGCAGCGGGUGCCUGGAUUUGGGGGCAUGCAAAGUAUGCCCAUGGAGGUGCCCAUGAAUGCCAUGCAGAGACCUGUGAGGCCAGGCAUGGGCUGGACUGAAGACUUGCCCCCUAUGGGGGGACCCAACAAUUUUGCCCAGAACGCUGUGCCCUACCCAGGUGGGCAGGGUGAAGCGGAGCGAUUCAUGACUCCCCGGGUCCGGGAGGAGCUGCUGCGGCACCAGUUGCUAGAGAAGCGCUCAAUGGGCAUGCAGCGACCCCUGGGCAUGGCAGGAAGUGGCUUGGGACAGAGCAUGGAGAUGGAGCGGAUGAUGCAAGCACACCGGCAGAUGGAGCCUGCCAUGUUCCCUGGGCAGAUGGCUGGCAGUGAGGGGCUGGCUGGCACUCCUAUGGGCAUGGAGUUUGGUGGAGGCCGGGGCCUUUUGAGCCCACCCAUGGGGCAGUCUGGGUUGAGAGAAGUGGACCCACCGAUGGGACCAGGCAACCUCAACAUGAACAUGAACGUGAACAUGAACAUGAACAUGAACCUGAAUGUGCAGAUGACACCACAGCAGCAGAUGCUGAUGUCGCAGAAGAUGCGGGGUCCUGGUGACAUGAUGGGCUCCCAGGGCCUCAGUCCUGAGGAAAUGGCUCGGGUUCGGGCCCAGAACAAUAGUGGCAUGAUGGGUGGUCCACAGAAGAUGCUCAUGUCUUCGCAGUUUCCCAACCAGGGCCAGCAGGGAUUCUCUGGGGGCCAGGGACCCUAUCAAGCCAUGCCCCAGGACAUAGGCAACACCCAAGACAUGUUCAGCCCUGACCAGAGUUCAAUACCCAUGGGCACUGUGGGCACCACCCGGCUCAGCCACAUGCCUCUGCCCUCUGCAUCCAAUCCUCCUCCUGGGUCUGUGCAUUCAGCCCCCAGCCGGGGGCUGGGCAGACGGCCUUCCGACCUCACCAUCAGUAUUAAUCAGAUGGGCUCACCAGGCAUGGGGCACCUGAAAUCACCCACGCUUAGCCAGGUACACUCACCCCUGGUCACCUCGCCCUCCGCCAACCUCAAGUCGCCCCAAACUCCCUCACAGAUGGUACCCUUGCCUUCCGCCAACCCUUCAGGACCACUCAAGUCACCACAGGUCCUCAGCUCCUCCCUCAGUGUCCGUUCGCCCACUGGCUCCCCCAGCAGGCUCAAGUCUCCCUCCAUGGCGGUGCCUUCUCCAGGCUGGGUCGCCUCACCCAAGACAGCCAUGCCCAGCCCUGGGGUCUCCCAGAACAAGCAGCCGCCUCUCAACAUGAACUCUUCGUCCACCCUGGGAAACAUGGAACAGAGUGCCCUCCCGCCCAGUGGCCCCCGGAGCAGUUCCUCAGCGCCUCCUGCCAACCCUCCCAGCGGCCUCAUGAACCCCAGCCUGCCAUUCACUUCUUCCCCAGACCCCACGCCUUCCCAGAACCCUUUGUCAUUGAUGAUGUCCCAGAUGUCCAAGUAUGCCAUGCCCAGCUCCACCCCGCUCUACCACAAUGCCAUCAAGACCAUCGCCACCUCAGACGACGAGCUGCUGCCUGACCGGCCCCUGCUACCCCCACCCCCACCACCGCAGGGCUCAGGGCCAGGCAUCAGCAACAACCAGCCCAAUCAGAUGCACCUGAGCUCCGCCGCGGCCCAGAGUCCCAUGGGCAUGAACAUGCCAGGCCAGCAGCCCCUGUCCCAUGAGCCCCCGCCCACUAUGUUGCCCUCCCCCACCCCUCUGGGGUCCAACAUUCCACUGCACCCCAGUGCACAGGGGACAGGAGGCCCCCCUCAGAACUCAAUGAUGAUGGCCCCAGGAGGCCCAGACUCCCUGAAUGCCCCCUGUGGCCCUGUGCCCAGCUCCUCCCAGAUGAUGCCCUUUCCUCCUAGGCUGCAGCAGCCCCACAGUGCCAUGGCCCCCUCUGGGGGUGGGGGCGGGGGGCCUGGCCUGCAGCAGCAUUACCCUUCAGGCAUGCCCCUGCCCCCUGAGGACCUUCCCAGCCAGCCACCUGGCCCCUUACCCCCCCAGCAGCACCUGAUGGGCAAAGGCAUGGCUGGGCGCAUGAGCGACGCAUACCCACCCGGGGUUCUUCCUGGGGUGGCAUCAGUGCUGAAUGACCCAGAGCUGAGUGAGGUGAUCCGGCCCACCCCGACGGGGAUCCCUGAGUUCGACUUAUCCAGGAUCAUCCCCUCUGAGAAGCCAAGCAGCACCCUCCAAUACUUCCCCAAGAGCGAGAACCAGCCCCCCAAGGCCCAGCCCCCCAAUCUGCAUCUCAUGAACCUGCAGAAUAUGAUGGCGGAGCAGACUCCUCGGCCCCCCAAUCUUCCAGGCCAGCAGGGGGUUCAGCGGGGGCUCAGCAUGUCCAUGUGCCACCCUGGACAGAUGUCCCUACUGGGCAGGACAGGUGUGCCCCCACAGCAGGGCAUGGUGCCCCACGGCCUGCACCAGGGGGUCAUGUCCCCACCACAAGGCCUCAUGACCCAGCAGAAUUUCAUGCUGAUGAAGCAACGGGGUGUGGGGGGUGAAGUCUACAGCCAGCCCCCCCACAUGCUCUCCCCACAGGGCUCCCUCAUGGGUCCCCCACCCCAGCAGAACCUCAUGGUGUCCCACCCUCUGCGGCAGCGCAGUGUGUCUCUGGACAGCCAGAUGGGCUACCUCCCUGCGCCGGGCAGCAUGGCCAACCUGCCCUUCUAGCAGGCCUCACUUGGGGCUGAGCUGGGGCUACUGCAAAUAUGCUAACCUUAAGUUUCUUCCCUCCAAUGUUGGGAUGAAUGGCCUGGGUUUAUGGGCGGGAGGUGGCUGGUGUGGGGAGUGGCAUUUGUGGAAACCAGGUGUGCUGGCAGCUUCAGGGGAAGUGGCAGAAUGGGGUCGGGGUGGGAUUGGGGUUUGUUCCAUUAGGGCCAACAGGACUGCCCCUUGCCCUCCUGAUUUCUACAGAGCCUCAGUUUCCCCUUUAUGUUUGCACCUCUCCCUCUUUCAGAUAUGCUUUGGGUCCUUAGGGGAGAAAAAGGAUCUUCCACGCUGUCCUUGUGUGCGUCUUUCACCUUGUUAGGUGCUCUUGGGCUCCACGUUCGUUCUCCCUCUGGGUUUUCCUCCUGUCUUUCCCUGUCUCAUUUCCUCUCCCUGCUGAGAGGGUUACCUCCUCUGCCUCCUUUGAUUCCCCUCCUCUCCCACGCCCCCUGCAGGCGGCUGGCCAGGUGGGCAGGUGCCAGCGGAGCUGUAAAUAGAGCCCUGCGCUUUUGUGCCGGUUUGUGCGUGUGCUGUAUUACUGUGUUUUGAUAGAAGUCACACAAAAAAGAGAAAAGGUUAAAAGAGACCCUUCCCCCUGCUUCAGAUGAUUGCCUCUUCCAUUUCCCUGGACCCAGAGCCAUGCAGGCCUACGCACCCUUCCACUGAGAGUACCAUUUCUGUCCUCGCCACAUGGUAGGAUGACAUAGACGCCUCACACUUCAGUUGAUGUCAGACCACAUAGGCUUCCACCUGGUGAGCCCUAGCAGGACUGAGACACCCGCCUCCGUGGUGGGCGCCUAUCUGCUGCUGAGUGAUAUCCGGGGAGCAGAUGUGCACAUGUGCAUGUGUUUGCCCUCACCGGUGACACCGUCCCAGCUUCCCUUUGGAUGUCUGGGUUCCCCUGCUGCUACAUCUUAGCCAGAACUUGAAGCUCUUUGCAGCCUAGGAUGAGGAAAGGGGAUGGAGGUAGUGUCUGUGUGGCCCCCUUGAAUGGAGCUAUGGCUACAGUAGCCCUGACCAGGUAACCUCUGGGUCCUGAUUUCUAAAAGUCAUCACUUGCUUCUCACCAAAGAAAGAAGGAACAGGGUUUGGCUGAAUCAGUCGGUUUCCCUUCCAACCUCCACCCCUAGCAUGGAAUGAUGGGAGUGCUGGGGAGGGAAAUGGAGGGCCUCCUGUUGCCUUCUCUGUCUACCCACUCUGGUAAGGUCCCUCUGUCCAGGGCUGUGGGCUGUGUACCAGAUCUGUCUGCCCACCCAGGUGCAGCCACUGCCUCUCUCCCAGUCCCCUGGUCCUUCCCAGGCAAGCUCCCCACUCGCCACUGGUCAGAGCAGAAGCCAUACACAACUGGGUGUUUUGGCCCCAGGAGUACAAACUUCUUUUCUCACUUCCUUUCCUGCCUUGUAAGACCACAGGGUAGUUCCCUGGCUGAGGCUACUCCUGCCCUGCCUCCAGGGCCAAGGGCCAUUCUAGACAGGGCGUCUUCUACCAAGGCCCUGUCCCCAGCCUUCCUGAUCUGCAGGGCCUGGUUUUGCCUUGGCAGCUGUUAAUACAAAGGGAAUUUGUGCCCAUUUCUCCGAGUCUGGUGCUGUCGUCUUGGUCCACCACCAGCCAGGUCAAGCACCACUUUACCAUCCAGGGCUGGUUGUAGUAGGCUCCUGGCUCCCUCUAGUCCCCCUUUUCCCAGGGGCUAUGACCAGGGCCUCUGUUGGGGGUGGAGGCGUGUAGAAAUUCAUUCUUCCUACCAGGCCCGCUGCUCUCCCUGCUCCCAUCUGGGCCUUGGGCCCUCAUGCACCUACCUAAGACUGCCCAAACUGUCCUACUCUGCUUCCUGCCCUGAGGAGAGGGCUCAGGCUACAAAAGGCUCCAUACCUCUUCAGGUGCCCUCUUCUCCCACCUCCACACCAGCUUUCCAAGGUGAGCUCCACAGGCCAGCCUUUCCCCCUCCAUCCAUGGCCAUACCCCAGCCAUUUUGUAUCAUUAUAUAAAUAUAUAUAUAUAUAUAAAUAUAUAAAUACAAUAUGUGAAGACAUCUUCUUGGUUUUUAUUUUGAAACAAUUUUUAGCUUGUUCUGGGGGUCUCUGUGCUGCCUGUACUGUAUUGACCUGUUUUAUAGGUGCCUUUUUAUUAAAAAGAAAAUUCAAGAUCCAA